UGUCCUUAUCUACUCCAGCCCAAGAGGAGGCUGCGUCAGUCAGAGCUGUGGCUCCAAGAGAGAGUCCCGGUGUCCUGACUGGAGUCUGCCUCUCCUCUGGGGUUGCUACAGGGCCGCUGUGCUGUGCUGUGUUGACAUGGCUGUGACUGCCUUCAUCCUCCUCUUCCUCCUGCUUGACUUCUUCAUCCUCCUACACAGUGCCAGGAUCCUCACCAUCUGCCUCAUUGGUGGCAGUCACUACAUGCUUAUGGAUGAGAUAUCGCACUCCUUCCACCAAAGCGGUCACCGUGUGCGCAUGCUGCUACAGCUGGGAAACCCCGUCAUCAAUGGGCUGGACUAUGCUGGGCGCCCAGACAGCUAUGAGUUGAGCACCUGGUCUCCUGGCGAGAGUUACAUUGAGGAAUACAACGGCUGGUUCCUCCAGCAGCAGAAGGAGUUUCUACUUGGCAGGAGUAACUUCAGUGGCUUCCUGAGCUUCAUGGGCCACCUGGCGUACCACUGUGACCUGAUCCUGAGCGACUCCGAGCUCAUGUCCUCCCUCCGAGAGGAGUCCUUCGACAUGGCCCUGCUGGACGCCUUCAACCCCUGCUCCUUCCUCGUCGCCAGCUUCCUGGGCCUGCGCUACGUGGCCUUCUACCCCGGAACCCUCAACGGGCCCGUGUCCGUCGGCCUGCCCAGCCCGCUGUCGUACGUCCCCGUCUUCAACUCGGAGCUGUCGGACCAGAUGGGCCUACUAGAACGGGUCAAGAACCUGCUGUUCUCCGUCGUGUCCCCCGCCGCAGAGGAGCUGAUGCACCAGCAGUUCCGCCACGUGGGGGAACGCCACUUCCUGUCUGCGCCUGCCAUGGCGGAGCUGUACGGCCGCGCGGAGCUCUGGGCCUUCAACACCGACUUCUCCCUGGAGUUCCCUCAGCCCCUCAUGCCCUACACCGUGCUGGUCGGGGGGAUGCUGUCCAAACCUGCCAAGCCAGUGGCUCAGGAGCUGGAGGAUUUCAUAGGCCUGUAUGAUGAGUCUGGCUUCAUCGUGGUGACUCUUGGCUCCAUGGUCUCCUCCGUCCCCCUGGAGGACCUAUUGAGGGAGAUGAACGCAGCAUUCGCCCGCGUCCCCCAGGCUGUCAUCUGGAGGUACCACGCUCCCCGCUGGCCCCACCACCUGCAGCCUGCGCCCAACGUCAAACUGGUGGAGUGGCUGCCUCAGAAUGACUUGCUGGGGCAUCCCAAAGCUCGUCUCCUGAUCACCCAUGGAGGCCAGAACAGCAUCCUGCAGGCCGUGUUCCACAGUGUGCCCGUGUUAGGGGUGCCUCUGUUCGGGGACCAGUUUGACAACCUGGUGAGGGUGAGAGCCAAAGGCCUGGGACUGGCACUCAGGCCCACAGACAUCCACAGAGACCUGCUCAGCGACACCAUCACCACACUCAUCACCGACCACAGGUACAAAGCGUCGGCCCGGUCCCUGAGUAGGAUGCACCGCUCACAGCCGGUCCCUCCAGGCCAGCGGCUGGUGCAGUGGGUGGAGCAUGUGCUGCACAGUGGGGGAGGGGCCCACCUUCGCCCCGCCUCCCUGCAGCAGGCCUGGUACCAGCGCUGCCUCUUGGACGUGGCCCUGGUGAUGGCACUGAUGGUGCUCGGGCCCUUGGCGCUGGUACUAGUGGCUUUUCAGAGCUACAGUGGACGAAGCAAGCUCAAACAGGCCUGAGGGAGAGAGAGAGAGAGCGCGAUGGGGAGAGAGAGAGAGAGAGAGAGAGAGAAACAGAGAGAGAGAAACAGAGAGAGAGAGACAGAGACAGAGACAGAGACAGAGACAGAGACAGAGAGAGAGUGGUACCAACGCUUCCUCCUGGACAUGGCUUUCCUGAUCACACUAAAGGUGCUCGGGCCCCUGACAUUGGCAGUUGUGGUUCUUCAGAGCCACAAGUCAAGCAGUUCUGAAGGACUUGGUGUGUGUGUGUGUGCGUGCGUGUGUGUGUGUGCG